UGCGGUGUAUACACUAUAAAGUGCACUCGGUCUAGUUUUUGUAAAUGUUUACCGUUUUGGAUCCGUAGCCCUUUGUGUCCUUUGAGAAAACGGAAAUAUCGACAGAGGUGGGAGAUAAGAUGAUGAAAGCAGCGGAUCCCGUCGUACAUCAGAGUAUAAGCAUCCAGCACCACCUUCACCACUUGCACGUCCACCAGCACAAUGUCGUCCUGCCGGAGGAGCCGAAACCGGAACCGCAGCCGGUCAAGAAGUCUUCGGGAGCGAGGAGGCAGGAGAAACCGCCUUACUCGUACAUCGCCCUCAUCGUCAUGGCCAUUCAGAACUCCCCGUCGAAGAGGCUCACCCUCUCCGAGAUAUACAGCUUCCUCCAGCAGAGAUUCCCUUUUUUCCGCGGGCCCUACCAGGGCUGGAAGAACUCGGUCCGUCACAAUCUUUCCCUGAACGAAUGUUUCAUCAAACUGCCCAAGGGUCUGGGCCGGUCGGGCAAAGGGCACUACUGGACGAUCGAUCCCGCUUCCGAGCUGAUGUUCGAAGAGGGCUCCUUCAGGAGGAGGCCGCGUGGGUUCAGGAGGAAAUGCCAGCAGGUGCGCGCCGUAGGGGGCACCCCGGGUUAUCAGGGAUACGAACAGCAACAGCAAAUCCUACAACAGCAGCAGGUCGUCCAGCCUCAAGUGCAACCUCAGGACCUCUACCCCGUCCAGCAGUACACUUACUCCGAUUAUCCGGCCUAUCCGACCGGCGACAGGGACCAGUCCUGGGGGAGGUACGUCCAACAGCCGGAGCUGCACGACGUCCACAUGCAAGAAUAUUAUCAACAGUACAUCCACCCGCAAGCCCAAACACCCGAAAACAGUUUGAGGGGCCUUCUUCAGAGCAUGGAUAGGAAGCCGUUCAUCGGGACGCCGACACCGCCGUCUCUUCUCCAGACGACGACGCCUUCUCCGGGUACCGUCCCAUUCUACGACACAUUCACGUAAUCGAGGAAUUCCAGGACGGGGCCAAGAAGAAGAAAAUCAAUUCGUACGUCAAUUUGAACUGCGUGCGUAUCUCAAAGAUCACGGGCAAUCUUAGAAUUUGAAAACGGGUUUACGAGGGCUCUUUUAUGAAAUCAAUCGGCACAUUUUUAUCAACUGAAUAUAAAUACAUACACGAUAUAUUAAAAAAUAAAAGGCGCAUUAAGCUAGGCUAAUUUUUAUUUUUUUAAAUAGAUUUUUUAGCCCUCCGGAUCAACGGAUUUCUUCCUUCCUAGAGGUCCUUCAGCUAGAGUCAUAUGCUAAACCGUAAAAUUUUACGUUAAAAAAACAACUGAAAUAUUUAUUAUUAUUACACUUUAGAAAUUAAACUCAUGUAAUAAAGGUUUUGUGGGUGUGUUUUACAAUGUGUUCUCUUAGAAAAAAAAUUUCAAAAAAUUAAAUUGUAAACUUUUUCUGAAGUAAAGUUCAUCAUUCAAAAUUCAUCAAGCAUAAUAUCCCCCUAUGUGGAAAUAUUCCAUAAUCACUCUUAUACCUAAAUCCAUCAAAUUUUCCAGCCAUAUAUACUCUAACGACUUACCAUGUACUUAUUCCAGUAAUGUUCAAAGUCCUUGAAAGACUCCUUUUAAAAUACCCAAUGUCCAUCUUAGAUUUUACAUACUUCGCAGCAAUUUGGUUUCCCUCAUCGUCCACGAGAACAGAUUACUGCUCGGGUGCAUUGUAAGACGACACCCCAACAGGGGCACUCAGGAGUUCAUUUCGAACUAAAGCUCCCCCUGAACCCACUCAUGACCAAGUCGGUAAGGUUAUCGGAAGUCAGACCGGUCCAGACCGACGAACUCAAUCCUACAUGCAAUUUAUACUCCAGGCCAUCCCAACACCAUGCUUAACAUUGCCUUUGUCAAGUUUAACCCAAUAUUUCGACCCAUCGUUGACGCCACCUCUACUUCUUCGCAUCCCAAGAAACCUCCAAGUCGCCUCAAACGAUGGACUCUAGACCUCUUCGCUUGGACCUGUUAACAAAUUGACUGCAUCGGCUGGCAUCGCAUAACACUUGUCCUUUGGGUGCAAAACCUAGAUAGAUUUAUAAAGUAGGGUGUAAAAAUCUUUUUAAGCAUAACAGCUCAUAAAUUUCUUGUAUUUCUCUUUGCGUCAAUUUUUAAAAUUAAUAAAAGAAUCAUUUUUAUUUUUGAAAAAAAAAUUAAUUCAAGUCAAGGUAUUGCGUCUUUUAUUUUUGUCAAAUAUCAAACAUGAAGCAGAUUUUCAUUGGGAACUUCAUAAAAUUAAGCAUUCUAGUCUUUUUUUAAUUUUUAUUGUAUUAUUACAUAACAGUAUGUAAGAUUUUUUCCUACCGGCCAUUUUAAGACUUUAUGUUAAACAAUGUAAAAAAUGGAGUACAAUAGAGUAAAAAAAUCAUUAUACAUCAUACAUACAAUCAUUAUACAUCAUAGAUUGUAAUUACACUUAUCAAGUAAUUAUUUUUAUGGAAAUUGUAUGUCGAAAUUGUACCUUUUCAUGUAAAGCUCUUUAUUCUUCGAUGAAAAUACUGUGAAUUAACUUUUUUUUUUAAAGUAAAUUGUAUUUUUUAAGUGUGCUUCUACUUUCUACAUAAAACUUGUACUCAUUUUAAUAAACAGGAAAACAAUCUAAACUCAGUUAAUAAUGUAUAUUUUUGAGUUCAGCCCAAUUUAUCUAUUUUGUAAAAUACAUGAUCCAUUACAAAACUGAGCUUCGCCGAUGAAAGCCCGUUAAUUUAUUGUUAUCUUAAGAUUUUUGUAAGACGGCUUCUACCAAAAGAUACAAUCUCAUGGUAGCUUUAGUUUUUUUUUAUAUAUUCGAAAUAUAUUAUAUGGUUUUUAAUUUGUUAUGUGUAGAAUAGAGAUUUUUUUUAAAUGUUGUUCCUUCUCUCAUCUAUAAUUUUACUAUCAUCAAGACGAAGAUAAAUAAAGUGCAAUUUUGUAACAAUUAUUCAAUGGAUUUUGUCGUUAAAUUGCCUACGAUAACUGUGAUAUAAAAGUUGGCAGUUCGUGCACAGAUUUGCAAUAAAAAAUUUAGUAAUCGAAUAUUUUUCAGCUUUCAUUAAAAUUUUAAAAAUCGCAAAACAA